AUGGCAGAGGAGCCGAUCCCGGCGCUGGCGAUGCCCACGCCGCUGGGGCCUGGAAUGCCAUUGUUGUCGCCGGCAGCACAGCCGUGCUUUGACGUCGAUGCAUUCUUGUGCUCGCGGACUGUGGGGCAGGACGUGCACAUCAUCGUCAAGGAGCUGCGGGCGUACAAGCACACGAUCCAAGAGAAUCUCGUGCAGGUCAUCAAUGAAAAGUACAGAGACUUUGUGGCAUUGCUGUCUAUGCUGCAGAGGGAAGCGGGCGAUAUUCAUUCGAUGCGCGAUAAGGAUGGACUGCAAGAUGUACAAGCGUCUCUCGGGUCGCUGCGCGAUACCCUGGGCCGUGUUGAGGCGGAUAUGGUGGCACUCGUGCAGGAAGAGGAGCGCAUUAUGCGUGAAAAGCAGUACUUACAUACGCUCCUAGAUAUGGAUCGCAUGGUGCAAAAGCUGUCGUCUCUCCUGGGCCUCGGAUCCGAGGCCGAGCCGGUGGAGCCACCGACGUAUCAACGGGUCUUGUCACAGGUGGCGCAGUGCGAUUUUGACGACCCCGACGCUGACGAGUGCAUACCGGAGGAGCUGCAUGAGCUGACGCACGCUCAGCGUAUGGCGAAUGCGAAACAGUUCUAUGCGGCGCUCCAGCACUUGCUAGCUUCGAUCGACAAGGACCAGGCCGGCGCCUAUCUCGUUCAACUUGAGCCGGUUCUCAAGGAUAUAUACCACCGCCUGUUGCAUGAUACGAUGCGCCUGUAUGAUCAGUCGCUGCAUGAGCCAGUGGACGAAUCGUGCCACACAUUAUCGCUCGCGCUCGACCUGAGUCUUGAGCUGGGCGAAAGAGCCGUCGACGCCAUCCUCGACCGGAUGUCGGCGCAGCACAUUGAGCCCCAUGUGAAAAUGGGCUUCGACACGCCAGGACCACCGCAUCUGCCCCUGCCCUGGGACCCUGCCGAGGCAGAGCGUGUCGAGGCCCUCACGCACCUCGCGUGGGACAAACCCGUUGUGCCUCCAGCGACGCUGCAGCUCCGCGCCACGUUUGAUGCGCUGCUGCACCAGACACGCUCCUUGUCGCACCUCUUUCAAGUGACGGAGAAGGUGGGUGGUGACAUGCUCGACGUCUUCAAUGAUCUGUGGUGGCAGCGAGUCGCUACGAGUCUCGAAAAGGUGUGUGGAUCCCAGCUCUUCUUUGUGGGCAAGGCCGACGAGUUUUGCUCGAAUUACUACCUCACACAGGCGUUCUUACGCGAACUCAAGGCGCUGGCGCCGACACCCCGAGCCGCUGAGGCGUUCCAACGGCACGCCAAGACCAUGGCUCUGCAGCGUCGAUGGGCCUUUUCUGCCUUUUUCCAACUGCGUGCGCGAGACAUCAUCACGUCCCUCGAACAGGGUCUGGAGACGCCCGGCCAAGAUGAGCGCUUCUACCAUGCUGCCUUUUCCCACUUUUUGUACGCAUUCACGGCACCUUGGUACAUGACACGCCACUUUGCUGCGCUGAGCGCCCGCGAGUGGCGCCUGAGUUUGCAUGUCCUUAGUCGUUAUCGGACAUGGCUCGAUGCUCACACGUGGCCCGAGUCGCACACUGAGACGACCGCGCGCGCCGAAGACUCGACCUUGUCGAACGACGAGCUGCAGGAGCUGCACGGCGCCAUGGGCCUCCUUGUCGAUCUCCGUGUGUUUGAAGACCGUGUUCGGUGUGUGCAGCGUGAGUACAUCUUGCCGAAACUCUUGGGCGACACGGCCAGAGCGCAGGCACUGUGCGACUCGCUCAACGAAGCGAUGGAGGUGUCGCUUCAUGCCUACGACGCGAUGCAGCCACGCAUCACGCAGUUCGUGCUCAACAAGCUGUCCAAAAAGUGCGCUGCGCCCUUGCGCCAUGUGCGUGCAUCGCAUGCCCAGUACCGGACACGCCUGCCGACGGACGCGCCCAGUGCCUUUGUGGAGCAGAUGCUGCGUCCCCUGCACCAGGUAUGGGGCAGCGACGCGGCACCGAUACGACAGCUUCCUACGGAGCUGGUCACGUCGUGGAUGAAUCACAUCCUGGAUGGUACCUUUGCCCGCUACACGUCCGCUGUCGACACCAUCACACGAAACCUCGAGUCACUGCGCCGACUCAAGCGCGGCACGCUCGGCCUGGCAGCAGAUGAUGCAGCUACCGCCGAUCAGGCCGUGUACCAGCAGCUGGCCACAGAUAUCGAGGCACUGGCAGCUCACAUAGAGGCAUGGGCCCACAAGACGGGCCUGCCCCUCACGUUGUCUUCGCCUGCAUGGAAGGCGCUAUGGGAUGCAGCACGACGUACAUAG